CCGCCGCCCCCGCCGCCCCCUCCUCCUCCUCACCACCACCACCAUCGUCUCCGUCCCCCUCGCCGCCUACACCUACAGCACCUACAGCGACUGGCUGACCCUCGGGCGCGGCGGCGUGCCCCACAACUUCCUCGGGUGGCUCGCGCAAGCCUCCCUGCACGCCGUCUCGCGCAGCGACACCCGCGCACCGCUCCCCCGCCCCUACGCCUCCGUGUCCGAGCUCGCGGCCCUGUACGGGCCCGAGGGCGCCUCCACCUUCCUCCCCGCCGCGUCGUUCCCGGAGAGGAAGGGGGGCGAGAGGGAGAGGCCGGUGGUGCCGGGGUACGUGGCGCCGCAGCGGCAGCGGACGGGCGGGGCGUCGGGCGCCAUGAUCGCGCGGCAGAACGCGUUCCUGCGGGCGCUGGCGGACGCGAACCCGGCGGUCUUCGAGAUGCGCACGAGCACCCUGGAGGGCCCCCUGCACGAAGGGUUAUAUCUGCGGGCUCCCCCCUCCCCUACCUCGCCGUCUGCUUCUUCUUCUUCUUCUUCUUCUUCCUCCUCGGAAGACCCCCAGGACCCCCAAGCGCUGGAGGCGAAACUCCGAGCCCGUCUCGGCCGCGGCACCGGCGGCGGCGAGUUCGCGCACGUCCACGGCGAGGGGAGCGCUCACGUGACGCUUUCCCCGGGGGACGCCGCGACCGCGAUACGCGCCGGGUGGGCGGAGCGACACCAGAUGAGCGGCGUGGGGGGGCCUAAGCUGGCGAUGGUGCCGUGGGGGUAUGUGAUGGUGUAUGCGCCGCGCGAAGGGGAGGAAGGGGAGUGGCAGGCUUGGAAGGAUGUGGUGAUGGCGGGGGCGCGGUAUGUGGCGCAGGGGAGGGGGGUGGAGGUUGUGGUGCCUUCUUGAUGGGCUAUGUUCAGUUGAAUUAGAUUAUGUUUGGCUGGGCUGGGCUGGGUUUGGGUAUGAGACGGCAAAGGGAGAGGAAAUAGUGUCGCGUUAUUGAGAAAGAAAGGGCGCUAUCAUGGGAGUUUUUCCCUUGGAGUUGAACGGCAUAACUGAGUACUGGCCUGGUAAUUGAUACGCCAUAUUUAGGAGGGUUUUUCUUUUGGCAUUGGUGAAAAAAGGGGGAAGGGGUCAAUGAUACUUGUGUACUUAGGUACACAUUUUGUAUCGGGGAUAAUUAGAAGUAAUUAGUAUCAAUGAUUAUUCAUAUUGUUGCUAUAA